CUUAAUUUAUUCCCAGGGUUCUUCGCGAGUCUCGGGUGGCACGAGGGGGUAAGACGGAGCGUCAGGAGCAGCAACGGAUCUACCAGCCAGGUCCCGGCGCCUCUGACCCCCCAGAGACGAGCCCGGAUCCACUGUCCGGCCCGACACGUCGCGAGAAUCAGCAAUCGGCCGCUGGCGAUUUCCGCCCACGACAGACGCCACGAUUGCUCAAGGUGCGGAAAGUCCUACAAGAACGCGUACAUCCUCAAGCGACACAUCCUCUACGAGUGCGGAAAGGCUCCCUCCUUCAGCUGCCCCCACUGCGCCUUCAGCUCCAAGUACGAGAGGAACCUCAAGGCCCACAUCAACCACCGCCACGUUCUCGCCAAGCCUCACUCCCAGACCGUCAACUAACGACCCUCCAAGUCCAAAAACAACCCACGCAAGUACCCACUCAAAUAACACCCAUUUAUUAUUUUUUUAUUCGUCCAGCCUCCAGGGACUCCGGCUGGACGAACGUUUGCCAAAAUAAUUGCCAAGUGCCAAAUAAUCCAAGUCUCUCAUUUACUUUUAUUAUUUAUUUUUUUUUAUUAUUUCCAAUCGAUAAAAUUACUAGGCUUCUGUUUGGUGUGGAAAUUUAUAACAGUUGUGUUAAAAUUACACCGAGCGAUGUUUAAUUUUAUAAAUUUUGACAACAAACAGUCACUUGAUUAAGUGAUGCUACUUUUUUAGUACAAUUAUUUGGGGAAUUUCCCAAAAUAUUACCAAAAAAUCCAUGACAAUAUUUUAUAAAAAAACACCUAAGUUACCAUCGACUUUUUAUUUAAUGGCAGAGCCAUGGAAAGAAGCUAA